AUGACUAUUCCCAAGCUUGAGAUCUCCGCCGCCCAUCUUUUAGCUGAGCUGGUCUCCGCCAUUGUGGUGGGAUUAUCAACUGAAUACCAGGGCAUAGAGACGGAUCCGGAGAAGAUAUCGGCGAUAGCGUUUCUAAACCCACCGGCAGCUGCCAAGGAGCUGCGGCUGUAUUUGAGUGUGGCGUCGUGGAAGGUAGAAAAGCACAUGCGAUACAUCAAGGAAGUACUUAGAAGACUGCCACUAAAACAAACGCUGAUAAGUAGUUUCAAAUGGGAAUGGACCGAAGACCACCAGCAGGUCUUUGAAUCAAUCAAGACAAAAUUGGGCGCCGACCCAAUUUUGGCAUGCCCGGAUUCCACAAAGCCGUUUGUGCUGCUGGUCGAUGCCAAUGAAUAUGGGCUUGAUGCCAUUCUCAUAAAAAAUUCCGACCUAUUCCAGCCGGACUUUAAAUGGGUCGGAGAAGAAUUUUACCAAGGAGGAAUAUCCGAGCAGGUGUUCUGGUAG